AAAUGUUUUGUCUGUUUAUGUCAUCCAACGUUGUUUGACAGAUAAUCAUGAAGAUUGUAACUUGGAACAUAAACGGGAUACGAACGUUCAAAAGUGGCAUCAAGAAAAUUCUGGAUUCAUUUGAAGCUGAUAUAAUCUGCGUCCAAGAGACUAAAGUUACCCGUGACCUGCUGGAGGAAAAUACAGCGAUUGUGGAUGGCUACAAUUCUUAUUUUAGUUUUAGCCGAGGACGAUGUGGAUACUCGGGUGUAGCAACCUACUGUAAAGAUAGUGCUACACCAUUCCUGGCAGAGGAAGGAUUGACAGGUCUGCUCAUCACUCAUGAAGAGGCUGUCGGUUGCUAUGGUGACCAGCUUGAGUUUUCAAGUGAAGAGUUGCUGGCCUUAGACAACGAGGGAAGGGCUGUCAUCACCCAGCAUCACUUCACUGGUGCAGAUGGACCUCAAAAGUUGACUGUGAUUAAUGUUUACUGCCCACGAGCUGAUCCAGACAAACCUGAGAGAAAACAGUACAAGCUCCAGUUUUAUAAGCUUCUCCAAAGCAGAGCUGAAGCCAUCUUGCGCUCAGGAAGAUUCAUGUUCUUUUUUAUCAAUGCAUCACUCUUCAGUCAUGUAAUCGUGUUGGGGGAUGUGAACACCUCUCAUCGACCCAUAGACCACUGUGACCCAGAUGAUGUGGAUAACUUUGAGGAUAAUCCUGCCAGAAAGUGGCUGGGCCAUUUCCUGUCUGCAGCAAUAGAAAAGGGUGACACUGAAGAUGAAUUUGGAAAUAUCUCUCAGAAAUCUGCCUCGGGUGGCAAGUUUGUUGACAGCUUUCGUCAUUUCCACCCAAAGCGGUCUGAUGCCUUCACGUGCUGGUCCACAAUGACUGGUGCCAGACAGACCAACUAUGGCACACGUAUCGAUUACAUCUUCUCCAAUCGCUUUCUGGUGGAGAACGUCUUCAGUGGAGCGGAUAUCAUGCCAGAGGUAGAGGGAUCUGAUCACUGCCCUGUAUGGGCACAACUUAGCUGUACCCUCCUACCUAGUCCCAAGUUUCCACCUCUAUGCACACGUCACAUGCCAGAAUUUACUGGCAGACAGCAGAAACUUUCACGUUUUUUUGUCAAGGUUUCUGAAAAACAGAACGUAUCUAAAGGCUCUAAAGAGAGUCUUCCUGGAUCACAGGAGGCUGGGGAGAUUCGGGAAAACUUGAAUCCUGUGGUACAGGGUAACAAUACUAUAAAGAAGAGACCAGCAGAUAAAGAAGCAGAGACCAAUGCACACAAAGCUAAAAAGAGCAAGCUGACAAAAACAGAAAGUAAACCCAAAGGUAACCUUUUAGCUUUCUUUAAACCUAAACAAACACCGUUGAACCCUCCCAGUCCGAAAUUAAACCCAGACCCAGGUAGUGAGAGCUCAGGGUGUCUAACCAAUGCUAAACUGACUGAUUACACACACUGCAAUUCUACCCAGACCAAAAACAGUGAUGUGCCUACGGACACAUGUGUCUCCAUGGUAACAGAGACAAAAAAUCAGGAUCAACAGGACAAGGAAACUGCACCUGUAGAGAUGUGUAGGAAGGGGCCGUGUUCUAGCUUUUGGAAAGAGGUUUUGCGCGGACCCCCUCAGCCGCCUCUCUGCAAGUCACACAAUGAGCCCUGUGUGCUACGGAUUGUAAAAAAGGCAGGACCUAAUUUGAGCCGUCAGUUUUUUGUAUGUGCCCGUCCUCAAGGCCACGCUUCCAAUCCUCAGGCCAGAUGUAACUUUUUUGCCUGGGUUGAUAAAGGGAAGUAGAUUAAACAAAGAAUAUUUAUAUGUACUGUAUUUAAUAGUUUGUAUCAUAUGUAGCUUUUAUUUUACAAAUAAAAUAGAAUUAAUACAUUUUACUGUUCAAAUGAAUAAUAAAGAAUGUUGUUUUUCC